CUGUGUUGUAGAGAGGGUUAAGGUGUGGUGGAGGAAACACCUGUGCUCAGAGGCAGCUCUGUGGAAGUGGGUGGUGGAGGAGCAUUGGGACACCUAUACCCAGCACAUCAGGCUGGGGUUUGCUCCACAGUCAGCAGCAUGAGAGAUCAGAUAGACCUGCUGGCCACAGUCACCGUUCUGGGGGUCCUGGAGCAAGCCUAUUUUGCAAUGCAGGUGAUCUAUGCCCGUCGGAAGUACAAGAUUUCCCCUCCUGAAACAACGGGUCACCCUGAAUUUGAGCGGACCUUCAGAGCCCAGGCAAACUGCUCAGAGUACUUCCCAAUCUUCAUUUCCCUCCUCUGGGUUGCUGGAAUCUUCUUCCAUCAAGGUGUGACUGCAGUGUGUGGGCUCUUGUACCUCUACACCCGCCUCAAAUACUUCCAGGGCUACGCCGUGGCUGCACAGGGACGGCUGGGACCACUGUAUGCCAGUGCCUGGCUGCUCUGGCUGCUGAUGGGGCUGGCUCUGGCCGGGCUCCUGGCACACUUCCUGUGGCCCAGCUCCUCCACAGGGAUGGCAGCACUGCUGUGGCCUCUCCAGCUCCGUGGUGCCCACUGAGAGGAGCCACAGCUCUCCCAAAGCUCACUGUUUGUCCCAGCACAGGGGAGCCAGGCAUGUGGCACCAUCAGAGGGAGAGUAUUUCCCUGGCUCUGCAUUCCCUGCUGAAGGGAGGUGGAUGCUGGCACUCCUCUGCUCUUUAGAGAUAAUUUCCCUUCUAGAAAGCAAAUGCUUCCCAGUCCCUGCCCCCGCUGAGGAGGUUUACUGCUUUAGAGCACUGUCUGCUCUAAAAUGCCUCUGGCUCUGCCUCGUGGAGCACACACUGACCCACAUGCUGUUGUCUCUCCUCCUUACUGCUGUAAUGAUCUGUGCUGAAGAAUCACACCAUGGAUAUACAAAAAUAAAUUAUUUUUCUCACUAGAAAUCACCUGUGAUUGUCAAAGGUGCUCAGAGACUGGUGUGAGAACAUCUGAGCUGGGGAUUGGGUUUCACAGGAAAAGCUGCUGUGAUUAACUGAAAAGGAUGGGUAAGCUUGCCUAAAACCACAUCCAAACACUGGGAGAAAAGCCUGACCCCUAGUCCAAGUACUAAAGUCUUGUACUAAAGUCUGGCAGUGAUUGAAUGACCUUUACUUUGCCCCAGCUUCACUUAUCACCCACCCUGCAACAGGACCUUGCCCUCCCUGGAUUCCAUCCUCCACUGAGAAAACUUGGGGGGGUCACAGGUGCCUUAAGCAGCCCUGCUGCAAGUGACUCUCACUACUGCACCAAAGGCUUAAAUUUAGCUUUUAUUACAGUGCACAUUGUUUUAUAUAUUUAUAUAGAGAUGUACUUGAAAAAUCAAAUGUAUCCAAUAAUAAAAAAUACAGAACAUUAAAGUAGUAUAAUGCAUUCCAGUGUAUAGCUGAAAGGACAUUGGGAUUUACACUAAUCCCUACUAUUUUUGAACUGGGCUACCUCUGCUUUUUUUUUUUUCCUUCCCCAAAAAAACCCACAUCAAUUAAUAACUGAAAUAGUUAUUUAAAAAAAGACAGUUUCUGCACUCAAUCUCAAGGCAUGAAGACACUGGAGACUUCACCGUGAGUUAAGGGGCUGUGUUCAAUGCUGGCAGGCACAGUGUGGCAUAUUUUAUUUUUUUUUGUUUUCCCUGCCAUAAUCAUAGCUCCAACCCCUUUGGAUUCGUUCUUCCUCUGCUGAAGGAGGGUCAGUCUUUGCCCUCACUUAAUUCUCAGCUGUGGCCAGG